AUGUCAUCAUCAGCUCCAAGAACUAAACCAUGGGAAGUAUCUUCUGGUACUUCAGCUGCUUCUGCUACAAAUAACACUAAUCCUAUUACUGCGACGACAAAUAAUACAACAACAGCUAAUAAUAAUCAACCUAGUAUACCUGAUAAACCAAGUUCCUUAACGUCAGAAUUCAAUACAAUGGCUGAUUCACAACCUUAUGGAUCUUCUUCUUAUAAUACAACUGGUUACGGUUCAAGGUAUGGUUCAGGUUAUGGCUCAGGAAUGUAUGGCUCAGGAAUGUAUGGUUCUGGUUAUGGUUCAGGAAUGUAUGGUUCUUCGAUGUAUGGUGGGUAUGGAUCUGGGAUGUAUGGAGGAGGAAUGUAUGGUGGUAGUGGAAUGUAUGGGAAUAAUAUGAUGAUGGGUCAAGGAGGAAUGGCUGGUGGCUUAGGUGAAGGUACUCAAGCAACUUUUCAAUUAAUUGAAAGUAUAAUUGGUGCGGUUGGUGGAUUUGCUCAAAUGUUAGAAGCUACAUAUAUGGCUACUCAUUCGUCUUUUUUCACUAUGAUUAAUUUAGCUGAACAAUUUGGUAAUUUAAAAAAUGCCCUUGGUUCAUUAUUAGGAAUAUUUGCAUUAAUUAAAUUAAUUAAGAAAUUUUUCUAUAAAAUAACGGGUCAAAAUUAUAAUAAUGGAUUGAAUUUAUCAGAAUUUUCAAAAUUUGAAAAACAACAAAAGAAACUAGAAGAUAAUUUGAGUAAACAAAAAUCGUCAAAAAGAAUUUCAUUCAAACCAUUGCUAUUAUUUUUGGCUGCAUCUAUUGGAUUUCCAUAUUUAUUAAGUAAAGCAAUACAGUUGAUCAAUGAACAAAAUCAAAGAAAAAUACAGCAGCAACAACAACAACAACAAGGACAAGGACAAUUUCCUCCAGGUUCAUUAGAUCCAUCAAAUUUACAAUUUGCUAAAACUUUAUAUGAGUUCAAUCCAGAGAAUCCUCAAAUUGAAAUCGAAUUAAAACCAAAUGAGUUGGUUGCAAUUUUAUCAAGAUUAGAUCCUUUAGGUAAUGAAAGUAAAUGGUGGAAAGUUAGAUCAAGAAGUGGUAAAGUUGGUUAUGUACCAUCAAAUUAUUUAUCAGUUAUUGAAAGAAGAAAAGAUGCAAAAAUGAUUCAACAAAAUCCACCACAACAAGAACCAGAACAACAACCUUCACUAGAGAAGGAAAAUUUUCUUAAAGAUUUCAAACAAUUUAAUAAUUAG